AGAAAAAAAUAUCAACCCUUUCUUCUACUUUUGAAAGUUGACAUAUUCUCCUCCUAUAAGUACACAUCUCCUAAACACAUUUCAAUGUAAUUAACCAUGCUUGCCUUGGCUGAUCUGCAAGGUAACUAUAACAUGUCAUCUCAAAUAAGCUUCCAUUCCAUCAAAAAGCCAUCAGAUUUCACAUUUUGUGACAUCCCAAAAAGAAAAUAUCAUAAAGAACAAGAUGAAAAUGAAAACCAUGAAAACCCUUUAGGGUUUUCACCACUACUUUGGUCCAAAAACCCUCCUUCAAACUGCACAGGUUCAUCAUCUGCCACAAAUACCAUGGCUAAAGGAAGGAAAGAGCUAAUGGAAAUGAUCAACGACUUGCCCGAAUCAUGUUUGGAGUUGUCACUAAAAGAUAUGGUUGCAGAAGACGCCGAUGAUUCAGGGUAUGCGAUAGAAGAUAAGGUUGAUGUGAAGCCCAAGGUGAAGGGAAAGAAGAAAGGUGCAAAAAGAAGACCGAUUUCGAGGAGUGUGAGUCUUGACACCGGAGUUUUUCUUCUCAAGAUGUUUGUCCCAAGCUCUUUUGGCUCGAAAAAACAAAGGGUUUCUCGAAGUAACUCAAUAGAUGGUUUGAAUAAACACGACGUUGAUGUGAAACAAUGGAAGACUCGGUUUAUCCAAAACAAAAAUAACAUCAGUAGCAGAUCAUAUAACAAUGAUAGAUGUUGUAAUACUGCCACUAAAAACAGGUAUGAAGAAGGGAGUUUGAAGCCUGGAUGUUGGUUUAAAUUAACAAACCAAAAAUGGUGCAUCUUCUUCUGAUUGGGAAGGAAUAACCACAAAUCAUAUGGUUCAUGUUUUAUUAGACUUUUUCUUGAUUUUUAGAAAGGUAAGAUAGAUAAUGCAUUAGCAUUUUGUUUUAA